AUAACAUAUCACUAGACGGCAGAACCACCAAACAACCACCUACGACGACCAUUACUAGUGUGUAGUGUAAGAAAUAACCAAUUUUUAUAAAAGAAAAUGGGGGGAGGAAUGGAAGCAAACAAGAACAAAUUCAUAGAAGAUUGGGGAACUGCCAGAGAGAAUCUGGAGCACAAUUUCCGAUGGACUCGCCGUAACCUCGCUAUUGUCGGUAUCUUCGCCGUCGCUGUUCCUUACUUUGUUUACAAAGGCACCGUUCGUGAAUUCCAUAUGCAAGAUGAAGACAACAACAGACCCUACAGGAAGUUUCUUCCCUAAGAUGCCACAUAAAUCAAUAAAAUCUCGGUGGGAAGAAUCCAGGUUUUUUUCACAAGCUAGAUGCAUCUCUUUUGGGGUUCGGAGUACUCUUAUUUUGUUGUAUGUGUUGGGCAUUUCUGAUUCUUGUAUUAUGAAACUUUCGAAUUGUUACUCCCUCCUUUCUACAAUUUGCGGUUAAAAUAAAACAAAAAUUCUGAUA